AUGCAGUCUGGCGGUCCUUCACCUCUGCCAUCAUUCCCGGCAUCCAGGGAUGGCACACCUGGUGGCAACGACACCAUCACUAACAGUGCCACGAAUGGUCACACUGACGGCAUCAAUGGCACCAGCACCAACGGCACCAGCAACAACGGCACCAGCACCAACGGCACCAGCACCAACGGCACCAGCACCAACGGCACGAGCACCAAUGACACCAACGGCAUCAACGGUACCACGAAUGGCGUGCAGAAACGGACAAAGAUCUGUGUCUACUGCGGUGCCUCGCCUGGUUUCAAGCCCCAGCACAUGGAGGCCGCUCGUGAGCUGGCUAGGGUUAUGGCAGAAAAUAACAUUGACCUUGUCUACGGCGGUGGCACUGUCGGCCUGAUGGGCGAGGUGGCAAAGUCCCUUGUUGCCCUCGCCGGUCCAGACUCGGUCCAUGGCAUCAUCCCCGAGGCCCUCGUCAGGUACGAGCGCGACGGGACCUAUGGCACCAUUAACAAGGACAACAUGUACGUACCCGAUGAGACCGUUUACGGCCGCACCACGGUGGUCAAGGACAUGCACACGCGCAAGCAGAUGAUGGCCAAGGAGGUCUUCGCUGGUGGCCCCGGAAGCGGCUUCAUCGCCCUGCCCGGCGGCUACGGCACCAUCGAGGAGGUCCUCGAGACGGCCACUUGGAACCAGCUCGGCAUCCACGACAAGGGUAUUUGCCUCCUCAACAUCAACGGCUUCUACGACGGCAUCCUCGAAUGGGUCGGCAAGAGCGUUGACGAGGGCUUUAUCAAGGCCGCCAAUGCCGACAUCCUCGUCACCUCCACCACCCCCGAGGGCGCUAUCAGAGCGCUCCGCGAUUACAAGGUUUCCGAGGCCACCUUCAAGCUCGACUGGACCAAGUCGUAA